AUGUGUCUGAAGAUCCACAAGCACAACAUCAGAAAAUGGGACUCUGAAGAAGUGUAUCUCCAGGAUCCCCAACCCCGAGAAAUGACAUGUCGCCAGUCUCUGAGGAACUCGGAAGAUCCAGAGUUUAAGGAGGCCUUCAUUUCAAAUAUUCAGCUCUUCAUGCACAGAGAACACCUGAAUAUCACUGAGUGGAACAGACUGAGUCAGUUCAGCAAUCCCUUUGGCUUCAUGGGGUAUAACUACACAGUGGUGAAACAGGCAGUGGAUCUUAUCCCCAAGCCAAGGGACCAUCAACUGCUGCCAGUUCCCACAGCUGACAAGCAGGGCUGUAUCCGUUGUGCUGUUGUGGCCACUGGAGGGAUUCUCAAUGGCUCCAGGAUGGGCAAGGAGAUUGACUCUCAUGACUAUGUUUUUAGGAUGAAUGGAGCUGUGGUUAGGGGCCACGAGGAGGAUGUAGGGACCAGAACCUCUGUGUUUGUCCACACUGCCCACUCCUUGGUGGCCUUGCUAUCAAGCUUCCCAAGUGCUGACAUCCCAAGUCACAUCCCAGUGGAUGAGGGAAUCCGGUAUGUCCUAAUUCUGGAGCGCCUGUGGGAUUUUCACUUCCUCAGAGCCCUGCUGUUGAACAUGACUGUACCUGUGGGAAAGUACAACAGAGAGAUGCCAAUAAAAUACUUUCUGGGACAUUUUGAUAUCAACAAAUACUAUGUGCUUCAUCCUGACUUUUUGAGAUACAUCAGGAACAGGUACCUGAAAUCAUGGCACCUAAAUGCAUUGACUUGGCACAUGUUCAGACCCACCAAUGAAGCCUUCAGCCUCUUUUUGGCAGUGCAUUUGUGUGAUGUUGUGGACGCCUAUGGAUUCAUUACAGGGAAUCACAGAAAAUAUCCAAACUAUUACUUUAAAAAGAACCAGUCUGAAGCAGUUUUCUACAUGAACCACAACUACAAGCUGGAGAUUGACUUAUGGGAAAGACUGCAUGCUUCCAAGAUCAUUAAACUUUAUCAGAGACAAGAGGAUAUACAACUUUAA